AUGGCUCAAUCAUCGCAAUGCUAUCUUCCUCGCUUCGCGACCGCCGUUGACGGACCCAAGCGCCCGGUUUCCAUGAAAACGAGACUGACUCCUUCUCAAAAUGCGCAGUUAUUAACCGCAUGGCACGAAGGUCGCCUCAACUCGGUAUUGCAAGCCACUUGGGCCAUUGUUUUGCAUUACUACCUCCGAACCGAAGACAUUUGCUUCGGCUACCAACACAUCGAUGGCGACGCCAUCUGCUCUCGAAACCAUGUACAGCGGUCCAACGUUGACAAUCUUUCACCGAUCCGACUUGCAAUCGACGAAAACGAUUCAGUUCAGCAAAUUGUAGAUAAAGUGUGGAAGCACCAGGGGUCUUCCUCCAAGAUCGGUGGAAAUGCGGAGGCCGGUUCCGACGGAUACCUGCCGUUCAACACAAUCUUGAUGCUCCGCACAUACAAAAAGUCGGAUACGGCUUCUACCAAACCAAUGCUUGCAACUGCUCUGCCCGACCAGUGCCAAGUUCGUCUCCAUGUGAAGGUUUUGCGUCGGGACAUCAACAUCUUCCUCGAGUGGCGCAAUGGCGAUAUGUCUGGCGAGCAAAUGAAGAGCGUCGCCAACAUCUUCCAGCCAGUACUCGCAACAGUUCUUUCAUCCGAAAACACCGCUGUUAGCAAGCUUAAUUUGUUUUCGGAGAAUGACUGGCAACGUAUUCAGAAGUGGAAUUCUCACACGCCAAAGCUAUAUGAUCGCUGCAUCCACGAGGCAAUUCAUGAUCAGGCUGUCAAUGGCCCAGACAGAGAGGCUGUUUGUGCCUGGGAUGGAAGUUUUACUUUUGCAGAGAUUGACCACCUCUCUUCAAAGCUGGCAUGCCACCUGCGCUUGCAGGGUGUUGGCCCUGAAAUCCGCGUAGCUUUGCUUUUCGAUAAAUCGAAAUGGAACAUUAUUGCCAUGCUCGGCGUCAUGAAAGCCGGUGGCGCCUUCGUCCCAUUGGACCCGACACACCCAACUUCCCGCCUUCAGCGUCUGAUUGAAUCCGUUAAGGCCCCAGUUGCACUGUGUUCGAUCAAUCGGGCAGAGGCCCUCCGGGCCGUCGUACAGACCUUAAUUCCUCUCAGCACCGAGACCAUGGAUCGUUUGGCGGACCCCGCCGAUGGCGUUGACCUUGCAUCUGGUGUCACCAGUCAGAAUGCCGCGUAUGUGCUCUUCACUUCCGGAUCAACGGGAGAACCAAAGGGAACCCUUUUGGAGCACCGAGCCUUCUUGUCCAGUGCAAUGGCCCACGGUCCUGGCCUUCUUAUCUCUCGUGACUCACGCUGUCUCCAAUUUGCCGCCCACACUUUCGAUGCCAGUUUGUCCGAGUCUUUGACUCCGCUGAUUCAUGGUGCCUGUGUAUGCAUUCCCAGCGGGGAGGCCCGGUUAAAUGAUAUCGUGGGCGUGAUAAAUGAAAUGCGGGUCGACCAUGCAUGCUUUACCCCGUCAUUCAUCGGCUUCAUUGAAAUUGAAAGUGUGCCUGGAUUAAAGGUUCUUGUGCUGGCUGGCGAGGCAAUGUCACAGUCUCAGCUGACGACUUGGUCAAAAAUUAAAUUGGUCAAUGGAUACGGGCCUACCGAGGCCAGUGUCGCGUCCGUGCUGAACACUGGCGUAACACCCGAGACCGACUGCAAGGACAUUGGUCUCCCAGUUGGUGUGAGAGUAUGGUUGGUGGAUCCUGAAAACACCGAUGAAUUAGUCCCCGUGGGCUGCCCAGGAGAACUCCUGCUAGAAGGUCCAACUUUGGCUAGAUGCUAUGUCAACAACCCCGAGAAAACCAAAGAUUCAUUCAUUUAUGACCCUGCUUGGACGACGAUGGAUACAUCGAGUGGCACCAACCGCAGAUUUUACAAGACUGGAGACUUGGUCAGGUAUAAUUCAGAUACGGGCUCGUUGAAUUAUAUCGGUCGCAAGGACACGCAAGUAAAAGUCCACGGCCAGCGAAUUGAACUGGGCGAAAUCGAGAACCAAUUGUCCAAGGACUCGAAGGUCACCCACUGUUCAGUUCUUUUCCCCAAAACUGGAUUCUCAAAUGGCAGACUGGCCGCUGUCAUUUCAUUUGCCGGUCUAUUGACAGAGCAGUCCAAGACCGACCUGGAGUCUUUGGCUUUGAUUCCCAGCGAAAUGAAGUCGGAGCUUAUUCCGGGUAUCCGUGAGAGGCUUUCAGCACGACUCCCUACUUACAUGGUCCCCGCUGUUUGGUUGUGCGUGGAGGCGCUUCCUCUUCUUCCUUCUGGAAAACUGGAUCGGAAAGGAAUCGCUGGUUGGGUUACCAGCAUGGAAAGUGACCCUGAUGUUGGAAGGACAAUUUCUAGUCCCUCGCUCGGAGUGGAGAUUUCUCAGCCUGCGAAUUCAACAGAGGAGGGCUUGGCUGCUGUCUACAGUCGUGUUCUCAACAUCCCACAGGCCAUGGUCAACCUGAACGAGAGUUUCCUGGCCUUGGGAGGUGACUCCAUUGCUGCCAUGACAUGCAUCGGCCUUUGCAAGAAGCUUGGUAUCGGCCUUUCUGUGCAGGACGUCCUCCGCAGUAAGUCCAUUCGUGACCUCGCCACUCGCGCCAAAGCGAUCGAUCACGGCACAACUUACCAUGAAGCUGUUGAGGAGCCCUUCAAUUUGUCGCCUAUUCAACUCCUUCACUUCGGCGUGCGUAAGGAGGGCGAGGGUCACUUCAACCAGGGUAUUCUCACACGCUUGAGCAAGCCUCUUGAAGAGAAGACCUUGCGCAAAGCAAUCGAGACUCUGGUCACUCGCCAUUCCAUGCUCAGAGCCAAGUUUGACCAAACUGGCGAUGCGACAGCAUCGGCUCAACGGAUCACACGGGAUGUCAAGAGUUCAUACAGGUGGCGAAUCCAUACCGUCGCUAACAUGGAUGCCAUCAAGCCUUUCAUUGGAGAGAGUCAGACUGGCAUCAACUGCUUCUCUGGUCCCCUUUUAGCCGUGGACUAUUUCCGCAUGCAAGAUGCGAGCCAGCCUCACAUCUUGUCCAUGACUGCCCAUCACCUCGUUGUCGAUAUCGUGUCUUGGAAGAUCAUCCUUGGAGACUUGGAAGAUCUUGUACUGAACCCUGAGAAGUCUGCCUCUGCUGAUGGUUCGCUGCCGUUCCAAACCUGGUGCCGUCUCCAGGAAGAACACUCCAAGAGUCUGGUACUAGAAGGCCGAGUUCCGAGUGACCCCUUGCCCAGCAUUGAAUUUGGUUAUUGGGGGUUGAAAGAUAACAAAACGACCUACGGCGAUGUCGACUGCGCAGUAUUCGAAAUCGACGAGGCACACACAAACUCCAUCAUCUUCGAUUGCCACAAAGCCCUCAAUACAGAGCCCAUCGACUUGUUCCUUGCAUCAAUGCUACACUCUUUCGGUCAGUCUUUCCAAGACCGCUCAUUGCCCGUCAUCUACAAUGAGGGACACGGACGAGAAGUCUGGGACCCUUCCAUUGAUAUUUCCCACACGGUCGGUUGGUUCACCAUUCUCCACCCAAUAUUUGUAAACGGGUACAAGUCCGACGAUCCCAUCGACACUCUCAUUCAAGUGAAAGACCUUCGUCGCCGCGUCAGCGACAAUGGUCGCGCCGAUUUUGCAAGCCGAGUUCUGAAGACCGGAGGUCCUCAGAGUGGUGCGCACCCCCACCCUUUCGAGAUGUCCUUCAACUACGUCGGUCAACAUCGUGAUCUGCAACGAGAGGAUGGUCUUUUCAACCUUGUGGACCAGAUGGCUGGUGAGACAGGCCAGGGUAGUGAUGCCGCUGACUUUGGCCGCAAUACCCCACGAUUUGGUUUGUUCGAAAUUUCCGCUAUGGUCGUUGCAGGCAAAAUUCGCUUCACAUUCUCGUUCAACAAGUACAUGCAGCACCAGGACCGUAUCCACUCUUGGGUCUCACAGUGUCAGAAGCAGCUUCUUAACCUUUCGGAACGACUUUCCACCUUGUCUCCUCGGUUGACUCUGAGCUCAUUCCCCAUGCUUACAUUGAAGUACGAUACCCUCGACAAAAUGCUGACUCAGAAGCUCCCUGCUUUGGGCAUCACAUCGCCUGACCUUGUUGAGGAUAUCUACCCCUGCUCGCGUAUGCAACAAGGCAUUCUGCUUGGCCGUACCCGCGACAGUUCUUACUAUGCUGUCCACGACACAUUUGAGAUCCAGGCCACAGGCUCGACUGCGCCCAAUGUUGACCGCUUGGUCGAGGCAUGGAAGCAGGUCGUUUCUCACCACGCCAUGUUCCGUACCAUCUUCGUUGAGAAUCUCACACCCCAUGAUCCAUUUUGUCAGGUCGUGCUCAAAGAGUACCAUUCCACUCCUGUGUCCCUGCAAUCCGCCGGGGACAGCGACGUCUUGGCCACUUUCGACGCUCAAGACCCGAAGGACUACAGUGAUCUGACCCCAGCUUAUCGCUUCAGCAUCUGCCAGACCUCAACGAACAGGAUCUUCUGUCGCAUUGAGCUGAGUCACGCAGCUAUGGAUGGUAACUCGAUCUCUAUUAUUCUGCGUGAUUUGCAGCUUGCAUAUGUCGGCAGACUGGAGGAGACCCGUCGGCCCCUGUUCAAGGAUUACAUCAGCUUCCUUCAGGACGCGCCGCAGAAGGCCAGCAUCGAAUACUGGCGUUCUUAUUUGUCAGACGCAAAGCCAUGUCUUUUCCCGACUCUCACGGAUGGCAAGGUCGUGACGCAGAAGAGCCUCCGGUCUAUGCCUGUGAACUUUGCGUCUGUGUCCCAGCUUCAAAGCGUCUGUGAGAAGAAGGGCAUCACCCUAUCCAAUGUCUUCAACGCCGCAUGGGGCCUUACAUUGCGUCUUUUCUGUGGAUCAGAUGAUGUUAGCUUCAGCUACAUGGCUUCUCUGCGUGACGUUUCCGCCGAUGGUGUCCAAUCUGUCGUGGGUCCAGUGAUCAACCUCAUGAUUUGCCGGAUGAAGAUGUCGAGCGAUUCUCUCCUCAGCGACGUCUUGCAGCAGAUUCAAGAUGACUACAUGGAGAGCUUACCAUUCCGACACAGUUCUCUGAUUGACAUUCAACAUGCCCUCAAGCUAUCCGAUGCCAACCUGUUCAACUCUGGUGUAUCAUACCGCCGCCUUCCUGGCGCGAAGGAUGCUGUGAGCAGUGACAUUCAGUGUGUCGAGGUUGGAUCCAUCCAUGAUCCAGCUGAGUUCCCAGUUUUCAUCAACAUUGAGGCUAUGGACACCAAGGCCAGAAUCGAUAUCAACUACUGGACCACCAGCCUCUCUGAUGCUCAGGCUCUCAAUGUCGCCAACACUUACGUGCAGUGUCUGGAGAGCAUCAUGACCCAGAUUGACAGUCAACUUCGGUCGCUCAAUGUCAUGACUCAGGCUAACAAGGCAGAUCUCCUCGCUUGGAACAACAAGAUGCCUCAGCCAAUUGAGAAGUGUGCUCACCAUGUUGUUCAGGACAUGGCUACCAAGAAGCCAGAGGCGCUGGCCGUCACAUCCUGGGAUGGAAGUCUCACUUACUCGAAGCUGGACCAGUACUCAUCUCGUCUUGCUAGCUACUUGGUUACCUUUGGUGUUGGUCCUGGAACUCUGAUCCCCACCUCCUUUGACAAAUCCGUGUGGCACCUUGUUUCUGUUCUUGCCAUUAUGAAAGCUGGUGGCGGAUGUAUUCCGGUUGAUUCCGCAAAGACAAUGAGCCUCAUUGAAGGAUGGGUGGUUGAGAACGCUGUUCAAGUUGCUCUCGCAUCCCCCGAUAAGGCACAAGUUCUUGAAGAGACCAUCCCCUACGUGAUUCCCGUAACGGAGUCGAUGCUUGAAUACCUCAAUGAUGAGCCUUUCUUGUCCGCUGCAUGCCCAAGCGAUGCCGCUUUCGUCGCUUUCUCUGCUGGAACUUCGCAGGUAGCUCGACCUGUCAUUCUUGAUCAUUCAGCCAUUAUGACCAGAGCCGAGGCCUUUGCUUCCUCCUUGAAGAUCACGGAUACAUCCAGAGUCCUUCAAUUCGCUCCUCACACCAGCGAUCUAUACCUCCUCGAGGCCAUUGGUGCAUUCAUUCACGGCGGUUGUCUCGGUAUUCCCGCAGAUGUACACCCAUCUAGUCUGGCGAAUUCCAUCAGCACCCUCCACAUUGAUACUGCGUGCAUUACACCCAGCGUUGCUGGUUUCAUCAGUGCCAAGGAUGUCCCCGGUCUCAAGGUCGUCGCCAUGUUUGGCGAGGUGCCGACCGAAAGAAAGCUGCAGAGCUGGCAAGCAGAGGACCUGCAAGUGCACCAGUUCUUUGGAACUGUUGAAAUGUCUUCUUGCUCUUUCCAUACAGCCAUCCUUCCCGGGCAUGCGACUGCCAUGAUCGGAUCGGCCGUAUCUAGCCUCCCUUGGGUUGUCGAUCCUUCAAACCACAACACUCUCGUUCCUAUUGGUGCCAUCGGUGAGCUAGUUAUUGAAGGGCCUGGCCUUGCAAGCCGCUACCUUUGCGAAGAAGAAUCGACCAAUUUCUUCGAAUCUCCAUCUUGGCUGUCCACACUUGAGGAGCAGGACGAAGUGACGUUUUCUCAGCCUCGCAAGUUCUUCAAAACUGGUGAUCUCGUCCGCUACAAUUCCGAUGGAUCUUUUGUCUUUAUCGGGCGGAAGAAGCUUGAUCGCCACUUUGUCGCGUGCUCCGAUCGCGUGGAUGUUGAACAGAACAUCGAUCUGUUUUUCGGGUCCAAGCGCCGCUCCGUUGUGGAUACCUUGUCCGUUGGUGGGGAAGACCGCGUUGUCGCGUUCCUUUGCGCCUCGGAGGUCUCCACAGCCAGUUGUGGUGAACAAGUUAUCCAGAAUUCGGCGCCCGAGUUGAAGGCCUCAAUCUCAGCAUUGCAUACUCAUUUGUCAACCAAAAUUUCCUCCAGCAAGGUCCCGAGUCUCUACAUCCCCAUUUCCUCCAUUCCCCUCACCCCUCUUGGUAAGACUAACUAUCAGAACUUGAACGCCGAGAUCCUGAAUUUGUCGUCUACUAUUCUUGGAUCUUUUGAUGUCAAGAAGUGGACCGGGACGAAGCCUGGAAGCAGGAUCUCUCGUCAAUCUUUCUCCAAUUCCAAUGUCAACUUCUGGAGGGAAUACCUCGCCGACAUUGAGCCAUGCAACUUCCCGGCAAUUUCCCAAGAAACCGGCAAGAAGGGUCGCUCCACCCGUACCCUGAACAAGCAAACCAACCAGUUGCAAGCCUUCAGUCGAAUGGCUGGGGUUUCUGUCGAAAUCCUCUUCCAGAUCGCCUGGGGCCUUGUCCUCCGAUGCUACACAGGCAAUGACGAUGUCUGUUUUGGCUACUGGGCUUCGCAGACUGACGACCCGGCGUCUAUUGCUGUUGCACGUUUAAUGUUGAACAACGAAGCCAACUUGAUUGAAACAUUGCUCAAGACCAAGACCGACUUCGAAAAAAGUAAAGAAAAUUUUGAAGAGCUUACUGUCGUCAAGCACCAGCUCGGUUUGGACGACGCCAACGUUUUCAACACUCUUCUCACCUACCGUGCUGCUGAGUCUCUUCCACCACGCCGUCCUCGUGAUUCUGUCACGACAAAGGCCUACAAUGUUGCUGUUACAGCCCAAGUAUCUGCCUCUGUCGCCGAAAUCCACUUCAGCUAUUCCACGGAAACCUUGACCUCGGUCCAAGUCACCCAUGUCAUUGACACUUUCGACCAAAUUUUGAACGACAUUAUCUCUGCCGACCCUCGCAAGCGAUCGAUCGGAAAUCUUGAUCUUCUCUCUCAGCGAUCUUGCCGACAAAUUCGUGACUGGAAUGCUACCAUGCCCCCGCGUGUUGAGAAGUGCGCAGAUGAAUUGAUCCAACAACAAGCACUUCUCCACCCUCGCGCCGAGGCCAUUUGCUCAUGGGACAAAGAUUUCACCUAUGGCCAGUUAGAGAUCGUUGCAAGCCGACUUGCGCGCUACUUGACUAGUUGCGGCAUCAAACCCGAAGUCUUCGUUGUACUGUGCUUCGAGAAGUCCGCCUGGGCGAUUGUUGCGCAGUUGGCAGUUCUGAAGGCCGGUGGCGCCUUUGUCUCUAUUGACCCCUCUCACCCCGAUUCUCGCCUCCAGAUGCUUAUUGAAGAGAUUGGCGCCGAUCUGGUCCUCUGCUCAGCUACCUUGCAGUCCAAGAUGUCCAAGCUUUGCAAGAAGGCUCUCGCUGUAUCUCAUACCGGCAUUUCUCAACUUCCCGAGUCCCCUCUGGCCCUGCCUGGUACUCGCCCGACCCCUUCGAAUGCAGCCUACGCUAUCUUCACCUCGGGAACUACUGGAAAGCCAAAAGCGACGGUUGUGGAACACAUGGCUCUGAGCACCACCGCUGUUGCCAUGAUGGAUGCGCUUCACAUGAACUCCGGAACUCGUGCAUUGCAAUUCUCUAACUAUACUUUCGACGUCAGUGUUCUUGAAAUUAUGAUGACCUUGAUGAACGGCGGAUGUGUCUGCGUGCCCAGUGAAGAAGAGCGCAUGAACAACCUUGGAGGUGCUAUUCGCCGCAUGGAAGCCAACUACAUGUCUUCCCCUCCCGCCAUUGUGAACACCCUUGAGCCCAAGUCUGUUCCCACCUUGAAGACCAUUAUCACUGGAGGUGAGAAGAUGCCUGCCAACCACAUCGACCGUUGGCACGAUCGAUAUGUCAUCAACGCCUAUGGUCCUUCUGAAGCGACCGUCGUUGCUACUGUCGGCGUCAAGGUCGACUGGGAUGGAAACCGUGUCAACGAUGAUCCUUCAUCCAUUGGUCUCGCGGCAAAUUGCAGAGUCUGGAUUGUCGACCCGAACAACUACAACCGCCUUCUCCCUGUCGGCGCUGUCGGUGAGAUGCUACUCGAGGGAAGCAACAUUGCCCGCGAGUACCUCGGCAACCCCGAGAAGACUAAGGCUGCCUUUGUCGAAGAUCCUGUUUGGAGCCAUCACUCUGGCCUGCAUGGGAUCUUCAAGCGCAGCGAUCGCAUGUACCGCACCGGUGAUCUUGUCCGAUACAACAGCGAUGGCACCCUCGCCUUCCUCGCCCGCAAGGAUACCCAGAUCAAGUUCAAUGGCCAGCGCAUUGAGCUUGAGGAGAUCGAGCACCAAUGCACUCGAUGCCUUCCCGCGGGCUCCCAAGUCGCCGUUGAUGUCGUUGUCCCUCAAGAAAAGACCGUUGCCAAAGGCCUGGCUGCCUUCUUUACUGUCCAUGACGGAGACUCAGAGCAGGGUGGCACUAAUGAUCAGUUCGCUCCCACCAUCCCUGGAGCAGACCCACUGCUUUUGCCUAUCUCCGUCAGCAACAUGGACGCUGUGCAGAAGCUGAAGUCUUCAUUACCAGACUAUCUUCCCCAGAGCAUGAUGCCUCGCCUUUUCUUCCCCUUGCGGAACCUUCCAUUCACAUCGUCUGCAAAGAUCGACCGUCGACGUCUUCGUGCCAUGGUUCAAACCCUUCCCAAAGAAACUUUGAAAUCUUACAUCACAUUCAACACUGGAGUUAAAUCUGAAGAGACCUCCGAUGAUGGCAUUGAAGCCCAGCUUCGCACGCUCUGGGAAACGACCCUCGACCUUGAAGCCGGAUCUGUUACGAAUGAAGACAGCUUCUUCGCCCUUGGUGGUGAUUCGUUCUCAGCCAUGAACCUCGUCGGAGCUGCCCAAGCUGAAGGAAUCUUGCUCAAUGUUGCUACCAUUUUCAAGAACCCCGUUUUGAUUGACAUGGCGAAGAUUUGCUCAAGCUCCACCGAUGCACCACCCGUUAAGCACACGAACCUCAAUCCAUUCUCACUCUUGCCUUCUGGUGUUGACCUAGAGGGGCUUCUUGACGAAGUCAGCGAAGGAUGCGUCGUGUCCAAGGAUUCCGUCACCGAUGUCUAUCCUUGCAGUGCUGUGCAAGAAGGUCUCUUGACUAUGUCGGUCAAACACCAUGGUGCAUACGUUGCGCAGCCAGCCUUCCGCCUCGCUGACGGCGCAGAUCUCGAUCGCUUCAAGGCUGCCUGGGAGCAGACUGUCGCUGACCUUGAUAUCCUCCGCACUCGUAUCAUCCACACUGAAGCCAUGAACUUUGCCCAGGCUAUUAUCAAGGAAGACCCUAUCUCUUGGGUCCACGCCGAGUCCUUUGAACAGCUCCCAAGCGAUGCAAUCGAACUGCCCAAGUACAACGGUGGUCGUUUGACUGGCUAUGCUAUUGUCCAGCCCCGCGGCUCAUCUGCUCGAUACUUUGUUUGGUCCGUCCAUCACGCCCUCUACGAUGGCUGGAGCAUUCCUUUGAUUUACCGCCGAUUUGAAGAGAACUACAAGGCAUCGUUGAACAAAGAGCCUGCCGCCUCCUACGGUCUCUUCAUUGAGCACCUGAGCAAGAAAGACAUGGCUGAAUCCGACGCCUUCUGGAAGUCUUACCUCGCAGACAUUUCAAGCAAUGCUUUCCCGCAAAGCAAGAACGCCGUUCCAGAUGCCAUUCGCGCCGGAAAUACCCAACACCACAAGAUUGAUAUUUCCCGACCGGCGAACAGUGUUGACUUCACAAUUCCUGUUCUUCUACGCGCAGCUUGGGCCAUCGUCCUUGCUUCACACACCGCGUCCCCUGAUGUGUGCUUUGGCGAGACUCUCUCCGGUCGCAACAUUGACCUCCCUGGAGUUGGCGACAUCGCUGGUCCUGUUUUGACUACUAUCCCAACUCGCAUUCAUGUUGUCAAUGACGUUUCCGUUGUUCAGUACCUGGAAAAUAUUCACAAGUCAACCACCGAUAUGAUUCCCCAUCUCCACGCAGGCCUCCAGCGCAUCCGUCAAAUCAGCUCUGACACUGCAUCGGGUUGCAAUUUCCAAAACUUGCUGGUCAUUCAGCCUACAGAGGGUCAGCUCAACGAUAGCAUCUGGAUUGACGAGAAGCGCGAGACCAGCGAAGACUUCUUCACCCACCCGCUGGUCUUGGAGUGCGGUAUUUCAAAGACCGCCAUUUCUUUCACUGCUCACCACGAUGAGCUUGUGGUCAGUGGCUGGCAGACCAAGCGUCUGAUUGAACAGUUUGGUCAUGUCCUGCAGCAGCUGAUGUCAAUUCCCAAGACUAGCAAAGGAAAGGUGUCCGAGCUAGAAAUCGCCUGUCCCCAGGACAAGGCUAUCAUUGCUGAUUGGAACAAGCGUGUACCACUUACCGUUGAGAAGUGCGUUCAUGACUUGAUUCGUGAAAAGUCUGUUGAGACACCCGAUGCUCCGGCCGUUUGCGCCUGGGAUGGUCAGCUUACUUACCGAGAACUCUGGAAUCUUGCUUCGUCCUUCGCCAAUUACCUUGUUUCACGUGGAGUUGGUCCUGAAGUUCUUGUUCCUGUCUGUCUUGACAAGUCAGCUUGGGCCAUGGUCACAUUGAUCAGUAUUAUGAUUGCUGGUGGUGCCUAUGUGCCUCUUGAUCCACACCAUCCCACAUCCCGACACGAGGAAAUUUUGGCUGAUGUUGGAGCAAACAUGAUUCUGUGUACUCCAAACUACACCAACAAGUACAGCAGAGUUGUGAAGACCGUUAUUCCAAUCAGCAAAGAGACUCUCAAGGCCUAUGGAUCUAUCAACUCCAGUUUCCAGAGCCGCAAGCAGGCCACUCCUUCGAAUAUGGCAUAUGCCCUAUUCACUUCUGGCAGCACGGGUCGUGCCAAGGGUAUCAUCGUGGAGCACCGCAACUGUGUCAGCAGUAUCAUGGCCUUUGCUCCAAUUACCUUCCUGACGUCCACAUCCAGAGUGUUUCAAUUCGCGUCAUUGACGUUCGAUGCUGCUAUCGUGGAGACUCUUGGAAUUUUGAUGAUCGGUGGCUGCAUCUGUGUUCCCAGCGAGGACGAGAGAAUCAACGACCUUGCUGGCUCUAUCAGACGUAUGAACGUGAACUGGGUUUUCUUCACUCCUUCGAUCGCAAGCAUCAUCGAACCGUCCUCCGUUCCGUCUCUUAAGCACAUGACAGUUGGAGGAGAGAGGGUUCCCCAAGAAGUUGUGACCAAAUGGGUCAACUCCGUGAAGUUCAUCAAUGUCUAUGGACCAACAGAGACUGUUGUAUUCGCAACAAUUGACUCCGAUGUCGAAUCCCACCGUGAUCCCGCUCGAAUUGGACACGGCAUUCCGAGCACUUUGACCUGGAUUGUGGAUCCCGAAAACCACGACAAACUCGCGCCCCUGGGCGCGGUCGGAGAACUCGCUCUCGAGGGAAUGGCUUUGGCUAGAGAAUACAUGAAGAACCCGGAGAAAAAUGCCGAAUGCUUCAUUGAAAACCCAGCCUGGGGGAAAGAGUUCCAAUCCCACCUCCAAUCACCCCAAAGAAUCUACAAGACUGGUGACCUUUGCUACUACAACUCCGAUGGUUCCGUGCAGUACGUCAGUCGCAAAGACCACCAGGUCAAGGUGAACGGUCAACGAAUGGAGCUUGGUGAAAUUGAGUGCCGCAUUGAAGCGAAUACUACUAUUGUCCGUCAUGCCGUUGUCAUCUUGCCCAAGGCCGGGCCCUUCCAGAAACGACUUGUUACUGUAAUGUCACUAAACAAGAUUCCUGCCGACAACAUCAUUUCCGACAAGCCUUGCGAGCUCAUCGACGAGGAUGAUUUCAACAAAUGCGGACUUGCUGACCUAGUCGAGGUUCAAAAGAGCCUUGAGACUCAGCUUCCGAUCUAUAUGGUUCCGGCAAGCUGGGCUUUGAUCAAGAAGCUGCCCAUGCUUGUUUCUGGCAAGCUUGAUCGCAAGAAAAUUACUGCGUGGUUGGAGAACAUCGAUGAUGCUUCUUACGAGCGCAUCAUGCAAGAUUAUGACUCUAUGAAACGUGGUCCCAGCGAGAAACCACAGGAACAGCAGCAGCAAGAUGGCCCGCUUAAGGUUCUCCGCGAAAUUUUCUCGCAGGUACUGAACAUCUCUUUGUCCAAAGUCAAUGUUGACCGUUCUUUCGUCAGCUUAGGCGGCGACAGCAUCACUGGCAUGGCAGUCAUUUCCCGGGCGCGUAAGCAGGGUCUUGUCUUGACACUGAACAACAUACUCCAAAGUCAAUCUCUCAAAGAACUGGCGCAAGUCUCCAAGUCUAACGCUCCUGUGACUGCCAUCCGCGAGGAGAAGGCUGGGGAGGGCUUUGCUCUCUCUCCUGUUCAGAAGCUUUACAUGCAAUCUUCAACCUCAUUCCAGGGCGCAGCCCGAUUUAACCAGAGCAUGACUGUUCGGAUCUCUCGCAGGGUUGAGGCAGAGGUGUUGCGACGGUCCAUCAAGGCCGUCACCAGCCAACACGCCAUGUUCCGCGCCCGAUUCAGUAAGGGUGUUGAUGGGAAGUGGCAGCAAAAGGGAGUAGCGCAGGUUGAUCAAUCCUUCCGCUUCAACGUGCACUCCGUGAGUGACACGCGUGCGAUGGUUCCCAAGAUUGCCGAGAGCCAAUCUUGCCUCGAUCCCAUGAAUGGACCUAUCUUCGCAGCUGAUCUGUUCAACCUUCGCACAGGUGGCCAGGUACUUUUCUUAGUCGCCCACCAUCUCUGUGUUGACAUGGUUUCCUGGCGCAUUGUUCUGUCUGACUUGGAGGAGUUGAUCAUCUCUGGCUCUCUCUCAGAUGAAAAGGCCCUCUCGUUCCAGAGCUGGUGCGCUAUGCAACUCGACAGAUCCAAGACGCAUGAUACCGACCUUAUGCUGCCUUUCACUCCUGAAGCAUCAAACCUGUCCUACUGGGGAAUGCAAGACACUCCCAACGUCUAUGGUGACAUCAAGAUGGAAUCCUUCAGCUUGGGCGAAGAGGCCACCAGGUUCAUUCUUGACGGCUGUCAUGAAGUUUUUGGAACUGAAACCGUGGACAUCCUACUCGCUUCGAUCAUUCACUCUUUCAGCCACAUUUUCAAGGACCGUAAGGUGCCGACUAUCUACAAUGAGGGCCAUGGCCGUGAAUCCUGGGACUCAAGCGUAGAUUUAUCUCGAACUGUUGGAUGGUUUACGACAAUGUCGCCUUUGCUUGUCGAUGGACCACAAGGAGGGGUCGUGGACAUGAUCAAGCGUGUCAAAGACACUCGCCGAAAGCUCGUCGACAAUGGGCGACCGUACUUUGCAAAGAGCCUCCUCCAAGCGGGUGGCGAUGAUUUCCAGGUUCCAAUGGAAAUCUUGUUCAACUACCUUGGCAAGAUGCAACAGCUUGAGCGUGCAGACUCUCUGUUCCGUCACCAAGGCAAUGUCUUUGACAGCUCCGAUUUUGCGGUCGCAGGCGACAUGGGGCCUGAGACCAUCCGCUUUGCACUCUUCGAAGUCUCUGCUAUCAUAGUGAAAGAGCGCUUGAAUGUCGCAUUCACAUACAACCGGAAGAUGCAAAAUGAGCCACAAAUUCGUCGCUGGAUGCUACAGUGCAAGCAGACGUUGGAGAAGGACAUUUCGACGCUCAAGACUGCGACUCCCGAGCCCACUCUGAGCGACUAUCCUUUGCUGCCCAUCACGUACAACGGCCUGCAAACUCUCACCAACCACACUUUCCGCAAGCUCAGUAUUCGCAGCAAGAGCGAGGUGGAAGACAUCUACCCCUGCUCUCCCAUGCAAGAGGGGUUGCUACUCAGCCAACUUCGUGAUCCCAGUGCUUAUAUGUUCCACACCAUCUUUGAAAUCAAAGACGCGCGUACUGGUAAGGUUGAUGCGGAGAGACUUGCCCAAUCAUGGCAGAUGCUUGUUGAGCGACACCCAGUCCUUCGAACAGUCUUCAUCGACAGCAACUACAGUGGCGGCUCGUUUGAUCAGCUUGUUUUCAAGCACAUUCCCGAUCAUGUCCUCCGAGUGGAAUGCCCAGACUCCCAAGUGCAAGAGAAGUUGAGUGCCAUAUCCCUACACAAUAUCAACGCCAUGCGCCCCGCGAAGAUUUCCAACCAGUUCACUGUCUGCAAGACUCCUACUGGGCGAGUCUUUGUGAAGCUUGAAAUUAAUCAUGCUGUCAUUGAUGGCGGUGGUGUGGAUGUUUUGUUGCGCGACUUGACCAUGGCCUAUGACCGCCGAUUGUCUGAAGGCCCCGGUCCCUCCUUCAGUGAAUACAUCAAAUUCAUCAGAACUCAGAGCCGAGGCCAAGCUCUUGACCACUGGAAGAAAUAUCUUAGUGGUGUCAACCCUUGUCACCUUACUUCGAGCCCUGGCUACCGUGCCAGCCGUGAGCUCAAGGGCAUUCUGAUGAAUUUCCAGCGAUACCCAGAACUUCUGGGCUUCUGCGAGCGAGCUUCUGUCACAUUGGCCAACUUGACUCUUUCCGCCUGGGCUAUCGUCCUGAAGCAGUUCACCGGCUCGGAUGAUGUUUGCUUCGGCUACCUCUCCGCUGGUCGCGAUGCCCCCGUCAACGGUAUCCAAGACAUGGUUGGCAUAUUUAUCAACAUGCUUUGCUGCCGUGUUCGAUUCUCCCCCUCGCAUUCUCUCAGCGAGAUUUCGAAGCGGGUCAACAGUGACUAUAUUAGCAGCAUUCCCCAUCAAAGCUGUUCGCUGGCUAGCAUUCAACAUGAACUUGGAUGGCAGAGCCAGUCCUUGUUCAACACCACCUUAUCCAUUCAGAAUCACACCGUUGCUGGCGGUACCAAGGAAAAGGGCCUGUCCUUUGACCUACAGCAUGCUCACGAUCCUAGUGAGUACGCUGUCACUGUCAAUGUCGACAUUUCCCGUGGUAGCGAAGGUAUCAUGCUUCGAUACUGGAACGAUGUCAUCUCCGAUGAUCAAGCCCAGUCUUUGGUGGAUACUAUUGCCAAGGUCUUCACGGGAUUCAUUGAGUCACCUAUGGCCAGCAUCGCUUCGUCCAACUUCACCAGCAACGUUGCCGACGAAGUGGCCUCGGAGUCAAACUACUCGCAGUCGACUGCGCACUCAAAGAUGAAGCCUGUGACGGACUCCUUGGACGGCACUGCUAUUCAGAAGAUUAUUGAUGACCGUGUUCAUGAGAUUAUUAGUCAGAUGUUGAGGGAAGGCAAGUUGAUGGUUCCACAGAUUCAGACUUCUGGGCUUUCAACCUAUGGGGCUACUGAUGAUGGAAUUGAGUCGCCUUACCCAUUGGAGCGGAUGCAAGGAGCGGAUGAUUCGGGUGUUUGUUCGGCAACCUCGAGAUGUAGCGAGGAGGGGGUGAUGGCUGAUGUGGAAAGGAGACUUUGGAAUCUUUGGAGCAAUGCUUUGGGUCUCUCACCAAAUGUGGUGAGGCAUCAGGACAGCUUCUUCAAGCUUGGAGGAGAUAGUAUCAUUGCCAUGAAGAUGGUUAGUGCUGCUCGUGAGGAUGGAUUGGUUCUAACUGUCGCGGAUGUUUUCAACAAUCCUGUUUUCGAGGACAUGCUCACUACUGUUCGCGCUGCCAACUUGACGCAGCAAAUUCUCAAUGCGGACCUCCAGUCUGCUCACAAGGAGGUCGACUCGUUCACAGACAGCAAACUGGGCACACUGGCGCAGACCCCAUCGUCAGAGAGCCUCACUGUCCUGCGCCCCACAAAGGCCAUGGAUGAUGAUUCUCUUCAGCGUGGCAUUUGUCCCAAGAUUGGUGUCUUCAAGGGCGGCAUCGCCGAUGUUCUCCCUGUCACUGAUUUCCAGGCUAUGUCUUUGACUGCGACUCUCUUCAAGUCUAGGUGGAUGUUAAACUACUUCUUCUUGGAAGGCAAUGGUCCUUUGGACCUCCGACGUCUCCGUGAGAGCUGUCUUAAGGUGGUCGACGCGUUUGAUAUCUUACGAACUGUAUUUGUUUGCUUCCAUGACCAGUUUUUCCAGGUUGUGCUUCGCAAAAUUCGUCCCAGCAUCUUUGUCUACGACACUGAUCGUGGUCUGGACGAGUUCACACAGACCUUGCAGCAACGUGACAGAGAGUAUGGCCCACGCGAGGGCGAACAAUAUGUUCAGUUCUAUGUUGUCAAGAAGAAGGGGACCGACCAACAUCGCAUCAUGAUCCGCCUGUCUCACACCCAGUAUGACGGAGUGUGUCUAUCGAAGAUCAUGGCUGCAAUCAAGUACGGCUAUGAAGGCAGUCCUCUUCCCCCAGUUACUCCAUACGCCAGCUACCUUCGUCAAUUGCCCGGAACUGUGGGCCCUGAUCACUACAACCAUUGGUCCACCCUCCUGAAAGGAUCGCAAAUGACCCAGGUUGUCAACCGCAAGGGAACUAGCAUGUUCCAAAAUGUCGGAGCUUUCACUGAGAUUCGUAAAACCAUUGAGAUCCCCCCGACGGCCCUUGGAAACGUUACUGUCGCCACGCUGAUGCAAGCUUCCUGGGCCUUGACUCUCGCCAAGCUAUCUUCUCAAUCCGAUGUUGUCUUCGGUCUCACAAUCAGUGGUCGCAACGCGACUGUUCCUGGCAUCGAGACAACUGUCGGCCCUUGCGUCAACGUGAUUCCAGUUCGUGUCAACUUCAACGACAAUUGGACCGGUCUGGAGCUCUUCCGUUAUCUCCAAGAUCAGCAAGUGUCCAACAUGCCGUACGAGUCACUUGGCUUCCGUGAAAUCAUCAAGCAGUGCACCGACUGGCCAGCCUGGACUUACUUCACUACCUCGGUCUUCCACCAAAACCUUGAAUACGAAGGAACUCUUGAGCUGGAUAACAGAAAGUACCGCAUGGGUGGUGCAGGUGUCAACGACAACUUCGCCGACCUGACAAUGGUCUCUCGACCUGCAGACGAGCGCAACCUCAACGUCACCCUCGGCUACUCCGAGAAGGGGCCCAUCCUCCCCGACUUCGCUGAAAAGGUCCUCGAUAUGGUCUGCGAGACUGCCCAGUCUCUCAUCGCCAACCCAUCGACGGCUCUCCCGUCGCCCAACACGCUGCGCUCCCUGCCACCCCAGGCCAUUGAUGACCUCCCUCGCACAACAGACGAGCACUUCCUCAGCGCGCACCUGAAGUCGCGCUCCAUCGCGGAGCUCCUCGUCCACUCGGACAUUCUUUCCCGCUCAUGGCACCAGGUCUUACCUCCCCGUGCCUCAACCAACACCGUCGACCCAGAAGCAGAUGACAAGCCCGCGAACCAAGCUGCAUUCCAGCUCGAUUCUUCAUUCUUCGAUCUGGGCGGUGAUAUCUUCAACAUGGCACAGUUGACCUGGUUGUUAGAGCAAGAGGGCCUCAAGGUCCGUCUCGAGGAUCUACUUGAGCAUCCUUCUUUCUUGGGUCAAAUGGCUGUUCUAGCGCUCCACAAUGCUAAGCACCAGGAGGAUAUCCCGGCUGACUUUGCCUCUGGUGCUGUCUCGCCCGAUCCGUCUGUGAGGACUCGUGUUGAGAAGAAGAAGACCUGGGAGAAGGCUAUGACUCUUGCGAGAAAAUUGACACGUCGCAACACCAGCAUGGUCUCUAGUCGUGCAUCUACCCCGACUCGUGCCUGA